AUGGCUUGUGUUUUGACCAGAAAUAAAUUAAAAUGUUUAAUUUUUGGAGAUGCUAAAGAACUUAGUAACAAUGUACUUCCAACUUUUGAAGAUGUCAUGCAAUAUUAUUUGUUUGUGAAACAUAAACUAAAACCCGAAACUACCUCUAAAGAACCUAGUGUAAGCUCUAUAGCAGAAAUUAUAGCAGUUGAUUUAAAAAAGGUAUGGCUAAAAGCAUCAAUUCCAGUAGUAUCUCAUACACGUGUGUUGCAAAUGAUAAAAACGUACCAUGAUAAAUAUCGGAAUAUACUGAAGUCGGCUAAGAGUAGAAUAAAUAUUGAAACUUUUAAAAAAAAAUUAGAAAACUUCCAAAGUGAAGCAAAAAACAGUCUUUUUGAUAUUGCGGCAUGUAAAUGUGUUGUGUUAAGUUUAUGUAAUUGUGAAAAAUCUCGAAAAGUUCCAACUAUUGAGCAGGUAUUUAUUAUAGAUCAAAGAACAACAAGAAAAAUGGUUAUGACUUUAAUUGACAUUUCAACUACUAAAAAGCUCCAAAAAAAAAUAAUAAGAAAAGAGACCGAUGCAAAGCGAAUUGAAAAAAAAAAUUGUCAGUAG